UAAUGCCGUCCGAGAAUGAUCUUAUAAAUCAUAUGUCAAUGAUUAGAGAGGCCGCCAAAAGGGAUGCUGAUUUCGCAAAGUCUAAGUAUCUGCUAAACUUCAUUGGAGAGGGGGAUUCAAAUGAACUAUUCCAUGAGGAUGUUCGAUCCUCUAGAAAACCAAAAUUUAUAAUUGACUCAGAAGAGGAGGAGAGUGACAAGUCCGAUGGUGAACUUGGCGUCAAUGUUGGGCAAAGUGUUGGUUAUGAUACUGUUUGUGCAAUUUGUGACAAUGGUGGUGAAAUACUUCCCUGUGAAGGAAGAUGCUUAAGAUCCUUCCAUCCAACUAUAGAGGAUGGUAAAGAUUCAUUGUGUGAUUCUCUUGGAUUCACUAAAGCUCAAGUUACAGCCUUUCCAAACUUUUACUGUGAAAAUUGUAAAAAUAAGAAGCAUCAAUGCUUUGCUUGUGGCAACUUGGGUUCAUCUGAUGAAUCAUCAAAUGCAGAGGUGUUUCCUUGUAUUACUGCAAACUGUGGUCAGCACUACCAUCCUGCAUGUGUUGCAAGGCUACUCUACCCCGGCAUUGACGCGGAGCAACAGGAAAGGAGAAAGAGAGUUGUUAUUGACAAGACAUUUAUCUGUCCUCUUCACAUAUGCACUUUAUGCAGAAAAGGUGAAAAUAGGAAUGUUCAUGAUUUGCAGUUUGCAGUAUGUCGACGCUGCCCUAAGGCUUACCACAGGAAAUGCUUACCCAAGGAGAUUCCACUCACAUUUGAUUAUGAAAAAGGCAUUCCACAAAGGGCCUGGGAUAACCUACUUGAUCGUCGUAUUUUGAUGUAUUGUAUGGAUCAUGAGAUAGUUCCAGAACUUGGUACUCCUGCUAGAAAUCAUCUAGUAUUUCCAUAUAAUAAAGUGAAGGAAAAGAAACAAGGCCACAAAUUAUUCAGCAAAGAGAAGGAUGCUAUACUAUUGAGGAAAAGUUUCGAAGAUCUUCCUCAGAAGAAGUCAUUGGCAACUAACCUGGUUACAAGGGAAAGCAUAGCUAUCCAAAAUGAUAGUUCUACCAAAGUUCGAGAUAAAAUAUGUAACGAGAAAGGUCUAUGUUUCUCACAUGGAUCACUCGAGUCUGCUGCUUCUAGCAAAUAUCUGAAAGAUGAAAAGAAGUCUUUGUCCCGUAGAUCCCUACCAAGCAUUGGCAGUAAAUUGAUUUUGGGUAAAGAUAACACACACAAGAGUUCAAGAAUACAACAGGCUGUAUCUCUGCAACGAAAAUUGGUUAGUCAAAGAACAGAAACACGGAGCUUGGACAAGCCUCUGGGGAAAAAAGUCAAAACAUCGCCUGACUUUAUUCAAGCUGAUAUGGAAAAAGAAAUUUUAUCUUUGGUGAAAGAAUCAAUGUCUACAGUCAAUGAAGAAGAAUUCAAGAAGAACAAUCAAUGCUUUGGUUCAAGUACUUGUUUCACAGAAACAGGAUUUGAUAAGAGCCUUACUCUAGGGAAAGUGGAGGGCUCUGUUAAGGCCAUUCAAACAGCUUUACAGAAGUUAGAUGAAGGGUGUAGUAUCGAAGAUGCAAAAGCUAUUUGUGAACCAGGGAUCCUCCAUCAGCUUUCUAUUUGGCAGAAGCAACUAAAAGUCUAUCUUGCUCCAUUUCUUCAUGGUAUGCGAUAUACGUCCUUUGGUCGCCAUUUCACUAAAAUAGACAAGCUGAAAGAGAUUGUUGAUAGGCUUCAUUGGUAUGUGCAAAAUGGUGACAUGGUUUUAGACUUUUGUUGUGGUUCCAAUGACUUCAGUUGUUUGAUGAAAUCAAAGCUUGAACAGAUCGGGAAGUCAUGCUCAUUUAAGAACUAUGAUUUAAUCCAAGCCAAGAAUGAUUUCAGCUUUGAAAAGAGAGAUUGGAUGAGUGUAACUGCAGAAGAGUUACCAAACGGUUCUCAACUUAUCAUAGGGUUGAAUCCUCCUUUCGGAGUUAAUGGUUAUCUUGCUAACAAGUUUAUUGACAAGGCACUGACAUUUAAGCCAAAACUCCUCGUACUUAUUGUGCCAAAAGUAACAAAACGACUUGACAGAAAGAAAGGUGGAUAUGAUUUGAUUUGGGAGGAUGAUGAGAUGCUUUCAGGAAAGGCAUUUUAUCUCCCGGGUUCAGUUGACGUGCGCGACAAGCAAUUAGAAGACUGGAACAACAAAACACCUCCUCUUUACCUUUGGAGUCGGCCGGACUGGAGUGCUCGGCACAGGGCGAUUGCUCUACAGCAUGGCCACAUAAAAGACAAGUAUGAUGAUGCGCAUGUGAAAGGAAUAGAAGUGAAGAAUUAUCUUAUGGAAGAGAAUCAUGACUGUUAUCAGGAUUACGCUGGAUUGCAUGCGCCUGGUGACGUCUUAAGCAUAUUUGAUGGUGUCCCGGACGAUAAUGGCGGUGCUACUCCAGAGGAAGGUGGCAAUUCUUUUGCCCAUUUGAAGGAGAUGACAUUUCCUGCCUCUGUUGAAGCUGACAGUAUGGCUAUUGACAUGGAUUUAUCUUCUCCCUAGAAUGAGCAUUUCUGAGUUGUGCUGAAAUUGUUAUUGGGUAUUUGAGUGUCUCUAAGAAAAAUUAUUAUAUUGAAAAAUUGGAGUUGAAGUUACUAUU